AUGCGCUGGCACAGUCUGUACGCAGAGGCUCGACUAGAAAUACUCGACUUCGUUGCCAACUCCACCAUUCAUGAAAAAGGCUCCAUCGCGCAAUACGCCUGCGUGUCACGAGAAUGGCAAGAUUGGUUCGAGAUAUUCACGUUCAAACGCGUGGAGAUAUCAGCCUCCGAUAUCUUGCCCUUUGUCACCACGUUCAUGAAUAACCCCCGACGUCGGAAGUAUCUCCAAUGCAUUGGCGUGAGACUCGACCUGCCGACUCACAAACACAUUCAACAUCCGUUUCUGGACCGGGACAACAAGUUCCUAAACAUAAACCAGCAAAUGCAAGCCCUCGCACAAAAGUCCCCUACGUUAUACGGCAAUAGCCCAUGGCUGAGGCUUCAAGAGGAGGAAAAUAACCGUGUUUUCACGAUGAUUUUGCGAGGUCUGUUCAUGGAGCUUUUCCAGUGGAGGAGGGAGGACUGUCAUCACGCCGGCAUCGAGCUGGAGAUCAUUGCUGAUGCCAAAAGUCAUUGGCAGAAGACUGCGGGAGAAUAUCGGGCACUCAAUCCUCCCACCGAUGAUGGAAAUGGGGAAUUGUAUAACAGUCUCUCAAGUGAUCUUCAAGUCUUCCAACCGCCUCCGUAUCACGGGCAUAAAGUAAUACAUGAUGGCGAGUUGGACUUUCACAUUUGGCUUGAGCUAGACGUGCCUAUGGGGGGGAAGUUAGGCCCUGAGGUGCACAUCAUCUCAAGCCUAUCGAUUCUUCGCCGAAGUGUUCGCCAUUUCGACCCAUAUGCUAUCGCUCACAUCUAUUCAGCAGCCGCCAACAUCAAAACCGCUGAACAGUACUGGGCCCUCUGA